AGUUGCUCGUCUCGGCGUACGCCAUCUUGACAAGUGGUGAAAAAUAGUGUAUAGUUGCAAAAAAAGUAUUGAAAUCUGUGAUCAUCCGUCCUAAUUUAGAUUCAAUCGGAUUAAUUUCCAGUUAUAUAUUAUUUACCCAUUUGGACGGACCAAGCAAAAGGGUUCGUUCGCUGGGUCCCGGAGAUCUAAAUGGUUGCGUGCAGACAGCAUGACUACUCUGCCAGGGUUGGCCUCCAAGGGGGAGAAAGGAAAAUCCAAGUAUCAGAGUCUCGAUAUCAAUAGUUUGUAUAGGGUUAGCAGGGGUGAAUCAUUAGAGCCGCACGCGGCAAAGUCAGCCCUCCCUCGCAAACAUGGCAUGCAAAGUUUGGGUAAGGUGCCAAGCGCACGUCGCCCUCCUGCAAAUUUACCUUCUUUGAAAGCUGAAACUAGUGGAGGCAGUGAUUCAACCGCUGUGUCCUUGGUACCUACAACUGGUGGAACACUUGGUUCGACUACUCAAGGCGCUACUUGGGGAAAAUCUCCCGUUGAAUCAUCAAAUACAAAUAGCGCCCCCACAACAACCACACCACAAAACACUAGUAUUUCACCGGUCAAAGCAACAACAGGCCCAGGCGGGCUAACUCCACACCAGGCGGCUAUUGCUAUUCCUGUUACAAAUACAAUUCUUCCACAACCAAAACAACAGCAACAUCAACAACAGCAGCAGCAGCAGCAACAACAGCAGCAGCAGCAACAACAACAACCAAUACAACAACAGCAACAACAACAAUUACAACAUCCAAAUACUGGUAUUCCCAGUGGAAAUCAAAUUCAAUCACCUCCUAGUGGCGGUACUACUCCAUCUGUAGAAAGCAGACCAGUUACUUACUCAACACAGUCACACGAUAAUAAAUCAUGGAGUGCUGUAAUGAGCGGCUCAGAUAUCCCGGGUGGUGGUCAACCACCACCAUAUCAGAGUGCACAAUUUCAACACGAAUUCCCAAGUUUGUCAGGGAAUGCAGAUACUGCGGAGAACGUAGCCCCCGCCACCGUACAGAGAAGUGGCGCCGACACCCAAUAUGGUCCUGGACCCAGCUUGCGCCCACAGACCGAAGGGUCGUGGAUGCAAGGAGGUUGUGGGGGCCCAGGAGGGGCGCCAGAGGUGGGCAGCUCGGUACAGCAGGGCUCGGUCCCGGUCGGCCACCACAUGCUACAGCAGCCGCUCCCACAGUUUCGAGGAGUAAUACCACCUUUUAUGUACAAAGGUAAUUUUCCGACAAAUGCUGGGCCAGCUGGCGGUCCUAUGAAUCAGUUAACGCAAUCACCUGCAGGUAAUUUUCAUGCAGUUGUGAAUUCAAGUGGUGGUGUUGGAAUGCCACCUUUACAUGGUGGAGCGACACCUCCAAUUACUACGGGUGGACCCCGUGGUCAAACUACAAGUAGUAGAUACAGAAGUGGACCACAACCAAGUGGACCACCACCUUCUAUAUUGGAUGAUCUCGCACAACGUCCAAUUAUAAAAGAAGAAGAUUUAAAUCGAAUGGAUGAUAUGACCAGAGAUGCUGGUUGGGCAGCAAAUGAUGACAUUGAUUAUAAUCAAAAACUUGCAUUUAGUGAUGAUGAAACAGUUCCUGAAUCUGAAUCCCGGAAAGAAAGUGUUCGACAAAGUUCAUUACCUCCAAAAGAGUCUGAAAAACCACACGAUCCACAUGCCGAUAGUAAAUUACAAGCAUCUUCACGUGGAUGGAGUUCAUCAAGAAAUAUACCACAACCACAAGAUCAACGCAAUCCACCACAAUCAGCUGGUGGCCAAUCAAGUUCACGUAGUGGUAGCCGUUCUAAUGAAGAUGAUGAACUAUGGAUACAACGUAGAAAACAGCCAUCAGAAGAAGUGGCAUUAGCAGUAGAACGUGCUAAGAAACGUAAAGAGGAAGAAGAAAAACGUUUUCGGCUAGAACAACGUGAAGCAGCUAAUAAAAAAUUAGAAGAAUUAGAUAGAAGAAUUAAAGAAAAACAAACAAUCGAUGGAAAAACAUUCGAAGAAUCGCAAGGAACCAUUAAUCCUGCUGUUGUCCCACCACAAAUUAUAACUCCAGUUCCAAUACCAGUACCCGAUUGGGAGAAAGACCGUGAAACACGGGAACGAGAAAGAGACCGUGAUCGUGACCGUGAAUGCGAUCGUGAGCGUGAACGUGAUAGUGAUCGUGAAAGGGAAAAUGUGCGGGAUAGAGAAACUGAAAAUGUACGUAGUGGUGUAUCACAUGGUUUAUCAGAAUUCCGACAAUUGACACAAAUUGAAGGAAGGAACUUACAUAGAAAUGAGCAAAGAAAUACAUCUGAUCGUGGAAGUGAUCGUGAUUCACAAAGAUCGGAUGUGAAUGUUAAUCGAGCUGAUAGAGAACGUGAUCGUGAUCGUGAUAUGCGUGAACAACGGGAAAAUCGGGAAGCACCCAAUUUUUCAAGACAAUUCCAAGUGAAUCUUCCACCACGUUUUCAACGAGCUUUUCAACAACAAGAACGACAACGAGCUCCAGGUGGUACAGCAAGUCCACAGCUACCACCGGCUACAAAACCACCUAGCCAACAACAACAACAACAACAGCAGCAAUCAAACUCUAACUCAAAUGUACCGUUUGUUCAACAGUACGAUCCACGAUGGAUCCAAUCUCAAAAUUCUAGACGAUAUCGUAAUGAUUCCGAUAUUGAUGAUGAUCAACAUCGUGAUACAAGACGUGAUCGUUAUACUCCAGACGAUAAUCGUUAUAGACAACAUAAUAUGCCUCCUACACAUCGUUCAUAUGUUGAAUCCGGUUCUAGAAAAUCAAAUUCAUCAUCAGACAGUCGAGAUGUUCAAUAUAAAGAUAAUCGCGAUUCGCGUGAACGAGACGUUAGAGACAAUCGUUAUUAUGACGAUUAUAAUAGAAACAAUUAUCGCAAUAGUCAAGAAUAUGAUUAUGAUAAACGGGAUAAUCGUGAUGAUAGUGAUCGAAAAGAACGUGAUCGCGAUAGACAACAAUUUGAUGACAUGAAUCGUGAUCAUGAAAGAGAUCGUGAUCAUCGUGAAAUUAGUCGCCAAGAUAGUAACGAAUAUCGUGAUGAUAAUCGUCGCGAAUUUGUUGAUCGAAGUAGUCGAUCAGAAGAUAUCAGAGAUAUUGAUCGUCAUCGUAACGUUGAAGAUAAUCGUCGCUCACAUCAGUAUGACCGCGAUGAUCGCAUCAGAGACAUGGAUCGAUUGCCAUCUAGAGAUGAUAAUCGUUAUAGGGAUGAACGUCCUCAACGACCAGAUAGCCGUGAUUCAAGGGCAUCAAAAGAAUCACGUCAUUCGCGUGAUUCAAUGCGUGAUCUAGAAUAUACUGGGUCAUGGGCAGAUGAAAGAGCACCAUUUGAAGAAGAGAAACGCAAAGACAGUUAUAGAGAAGAACGAGGUGAUCGGCGAGUACCCGGUCCUAUUACUCGUGAAAAAAUGGAAGCUGAUGAAUUACGUAGUGAGAAACGUAAUUUAACACAAUUAAAACGUUCAACUUCCGGACAAAGUUUGGAUAAAAAACCUGAAAUGAAAAAGAUUGACGAAAAAGUGAAUGACCGCAAAACGCCUGCUGACGAUGACGAUUGGGUUGUACCAAAAAAAGAAACAACACCAAUACGUUCUAGUAUUGAAAAUAUUAAUUCUCCAAAAGCAUGGGCUGAUGCUAUAUCACCUAGUACCAUAGCUGUUGAAAAUGUGGCUCCUGUUGAAAAUGUUGAAAAUGAAAAAUCAAGUAAUGAUAAAAGUAUUGAAAUAAAGGAAGAAAUUACUGAUAAUUCAAAUAAAAUCGAUAAAGAUACACACGAUAGUAUUAAAGAUAAGGAUGACAAACGAAAUACUCGUAACACGUCACAUAAUCGAGGAGGGGGUGGGCGCGAUAAUAGAAAUAAUCGAUGGAGUGGAUCUGGUGGUUAUAAUGUGUAUCGUGGUUGGAGUGGAUCUGGUAGCAGUAGUGGUCGUGAUGGUGGCGGUCGACGUGGACAACAAGUACGAAUGGGCCACAGACCGUCAUCAUCCCGAAGUAGUGAUUGGAAACAAACUGAUUCCGAAUUAUCAGGUGACGAAAUAUCUGCAUCAAAUGAAAGUAGCAAGGACGAUCGACGAUCACAUAGAAGUCCGAUUCGCAAAGCUGAUAAGGACGAAAAAAAUUUAGAAGUGAAACAAGAGAAAACAAACGUAAAUGUAACAUCUGAUCGGCGAUUUGAUAAACGUAAUUAUGAAUCAUCACGUCCCUCAAGUGGUAGCAGUCGAGAAGGUUACAUUCCACGAGGUGAGCCUUCUCGGCGUGGACGUGGUAAUUUUCGGUCAACACGAGGUGGAACUGGUAGUAAAAGAAUGGAUGGCUAUGGUCCUCCAACGACCAAAAGUCCAUUCAGUCAACAAUCACAAUCUCAAUUUGAAAGUGAGAAAAAGGUGAAUUCCGGUGAUGAAAUUGGAGGUGAAAUUCUUUCAUCUGAUGAAAAAACCAAAUUAAAACAGCAAGCAUUAUCAGCUGGAAUAAUUGGAAGUUCAAGAACACAAUCAAAAAAUACAAAUGUGCCACCACGUAUGCAACGUAAAUCAGAUACAGAAUCAACAUCUUCACGGCGUGAUAAAAGUCGUGGACAUUCUGGCAGUCGGAAACAACGAUCAAAUAAAAAUUCUGAUGAAUAUGGUGAAACAACAUCGGAUAAUAAUUCCGAUACAGAAAGUGAACGCAAAGAUGUGCGUAAUGGAAGAAAAAUUAGUGUUGGAAGUAAAAGCGGUUCAAAUUCAUCAACACAACAAACUCAAGGAUCUCAAACACAACGACAAAAUUCAAAUAACUCAACAGUAUCAAACAAUUCAAAUCGAAGUCGAUCCGGUUCACAAACAAUAACAUCAUCAACGACAUCUCGUGCACCAGGUGCUGAGAAACGUUCUAACAAUACAUACCAAGGGCGUUCAUCAAAUCAAUCAAACCGUCAAAAUUCUGGUAGUAAUUUACGUAGUUCACAAUCCGUGUCCAAACCAAAAGACGGCAGUGGAACCACAGUAAACCGUGUCGAUGAAAUUCAAUUAAAUGAUCCAAACACAUUAACAAAUGCACUUUCAGAUUUGAAAGUAACAUCAAAAGAUCCAAAAAAAGAAGAGGAUCAUCAAGAUAUGAAUAGUGAAGAUGUUGGUGAAGACGGUUUUCAAGAAGUGCGUAGUAAAAAAAAUGUGAAACCACAAAAGGAUGAAAAUAUUAAACAAAUGACAACAAAAAAAGAAACAAAAGAUACAAAUCGUACUACUUCAGUCACAAAGUCAACGACAGUAACAAUAAAUAAAUCAAAUGGCCCAAUUACAUCAACAUCGUCUGCGAACAUUCCACCAUUGUUAGGUACACCAGUAAAUCCACCAAAUAAGAGUCAGUUUGAUCGUCCACGCCAAAAGAAUGUACCACCACGAUUUAUACGACAACGUGAAAGUCGCAUACAUAAAGCACAACAAAUGCAACAAGGUGGUGGGGGUAAUGUUAUGUGUGAUGUUAAUGAAAUGAAUAAAAUUAAUCAAAAUGUUAGUUUAUAUUCAGUAAAAGAACCAAUGACUCAACAAAUGAAUGCUUGGGACAAGAAUACUCAUCAAGAUUCGCUAAAUAUAGCAAUUGAUAAAUGUGGUGUAGAUUUAGAACAUCAAUCGGGUACAUCAAGUCAACGCAGCAGUCCCAAUACAGAUAAUAAAAGUUUAAAACUUCAAGAUAAGUCUGUAUUAGAUGGUAGUACACCGCCAGUUAAUACAAUUAUUUUUGAAAAUACAAACUAUAAAUCACCCGGUGAUUUAAAAACUAAAUUUAAUAAUCAUGUUAAAAAUUCAACACAGCAACAGCAACGUGGUGGGGGUAGUAAUAGUGGUGGUGGUGGAGGAGGGAUUGAUAAAAAUCGCACAAUAAAUAAACUAGAUGAUAAUGAUAUUGAUAAUCAAACAAUGUUAGCAUUUAAUAAGCCAAUUAAUGAAAUGAUUGACAAGAAACCAGAACCGAUACAAUUACCAUUGUCGUUUAAUAAAGCAGCGGAAGAUUCUGCUGACAUGAAAUUAGAUUUUAAUUUCGACUCAGAUUUAACACAGUUAACGGAUGACAAAAAAGGUUUAGGAGGUUUGCCACGUUCCAUUCAUGCAAUGACAAGUAAUACAACAAUAUCACCAUCAACAGCAGAACUCAAUUUAAAAAUUGCAUCAGUGAAAAAAGUAUGGGAGAAAAGUAUGCCACCAGUAUUAGAACAUAAUGUGACCACUGAAGAAGGUACUAUUAACACAACAGCAAACUUUGCAACAUUAGAUCCAGCGUCAGCAUUCAGUAAAAGUAAUGAACCAAGUGAUGAAACCCACCAUGAAGUUUACAGUCCAUCACCAAGUCAUGUAACAAAUAAUAGUACAAAUGUAUGUAAAGUAAAACCUACACAACAAGCAGCGACCGGUAAUGGAACUGGUGGUGUAGUACCCACAGUUGGUGGUGUUACCACACAACAUCAUAUUGGAACAUCACCAAGUACAGGAGUUGUACCACCAACAGUUGCACCAAGUCAUAUUGGUGGCCCAACUGCUGUUACGCAAAAUACUGGAACUGGACAACAACCAACUGGUGGUAAUCAUCUAGGAUCUGGUCAUCCAUUGAGUCCACCACCCGUACAAGUGAUGGGUAUUAGUCAACAACCUCCUCAAGCUUAUACUGGAGCUAAUCAACAUAUUAAUUAUCAGCCAAAUUUGGCAGGGAAUGCACCAUACGGUGGAAUGUCAGCAAUACCAUCACCGCCAACAGUACAAUUUAAUAUAUCACCACAUCCGACACAGGGUAGUUUAUAUGGAGCAUUUCAAAUGGAUCAAAGUCGUUCACAAUUCUCACAAUUUCCCGCACCAUAUGGUAUUGGUCAAACGGCAUCAACACCAUAUAAUGCACCACAAUCAAUGUAUUUACAAACAGGACCACCACACCCACCAAAUGCUCAACCGCCACCGGACGUGUAUCAAAAUUUAACAUCACCUUAUAGAAUGGCAGCCACAGGACCUUUUGGUCAAUCACAACAAAUCAAUAAUAAUCCGAGUACUGUUUUAAUAUCAUCCACAUCAAAUUCAUUAAUGUCAGCUAGUGUUAAACCAUCCUCGCAACAAAUUGGUGCAAUUGGAACAAAAGCAGGAGCAAUUGGACAAGGAUAUGGAGCACAAUCGCAACAAGGAGGACAAGUUUAUUUACCAUAUGAUCCUACGCUACCACCCAGCUAUAUGCGUGGUCCGGGAGGUCCUGUGCAAAGUAGUGUGGUUCCUGCACAAAUUCAGCCAUCAAAUUCAUAUUAUUCAGCGAAUGCGGGAGCUCAAACAGGGUUUUAUCAACAAGCAAGUAAUUCAGCAUUACCAUCAGCGCCGCCAUUACAUCAACAUCAAACAAGUUUUGGAUUACAAAAUAACGUGUUUAGUAAUCAUAGUGGUUCAAGUGGAACAUUACAAAAUUUUGGAUCACAAUUUUUAACUGCACCUUUACAAAUGGCUGCAGCGGCCGCAGCCAUUGCCCAACAGCAAUAUCGUACUCAACAGGGUAAUGUUAGUGGAUUAAAUACACCUGGUGGUCCAAAUGCUCAACAACAACAACAAAAUACUAGGCAACAACAAUUAAAAUCACCAGGAGGUCAAGCUCAAGAUAUGUUUACGUCUGUCCUAAAUUCAGUUUUUCAACAACAGCAACAACAACAACAACAAAAUAAUCGACAAGCGCAAAAUAAUAUGAAUAUGGCGGCGGUUGGUGGACGGUCACAGCAAUUGAAUGCUCAAGUACCACCUGGAACAUCACGUUAUCCAGCCCCAAUACAAAGGCCUGUAUCUAUACAACAAACACCAGUUGCAAUGUCUGGUGGUAACAACAAUAAUAACAACUCACAACGGGGAGGUCAUCGUGGCGGUAAUCCACAAUCUGGAGCACAAUCACAGAAUCGAUCACAAACCGGUGGAUCGAGACAACAACAGUAUUAUGGAGGAGGAGGACAAAGCGGUACAGUGACACCAUCACAAGAAAAAACUGAAGAAAUCAAACUGAAUAAUACGAACUCAUCAAGUAAUGUUGUAUCAAAUGCAGUGACAAACAACAUACCAUCAAAUACAAAUACAGCAAAUUUAACAACAAAAGUAAAUAGUGCAUCUAGUGCUCAAAAUUCAUCCGGUUCAUCAGCAAAUGAUACUGCAAAAGAUGUACAAAGCACUAAAGACGAAACAUCAAAAGCGGAAUGAUUUAUUUAUAUUUAGAAACAACAGCUGUUGUACUACAAUAUUUAAACAACAAAAAUAAACCACGCACUGGGUAUUUAUUGUUUUACUGCGCCGUGUGACCACGAAAACUGAUGAAAAUAAAAUAUAUAUGAAUUUCGUGGUCUUAAAA